AUUUUUGGAUUUUGUAACUCCUAAUCAGAACUUGUUGUUAGUUUUGUUUUUAUUUGGUUCAGGUGUUGAUAUUUGGUAAAUACGUAUAUAUAAAUUAAUUGGUUUUGGCUUGCUAUACUAACUUUUUCUUAAAAACCUAAGUAUGAUUUGAGAUUGAUGAAUGGUUUUUGGUCUAUUUUAUAUCCAUUUGAUUCAGCUCAAUACAUAUUUUCAUAAUGAUUAGGUUUUGUGCAUAUCCACAACUGACAAAAGAAUAUUGCAUAGCCUAAUUCCACGUUGAAUUUUCAUUUGAAAUAUUUAAAACUAGAACAAAUAUUCUAAUCAAACUAAUAACAACCUUCUUGAUAUUUCAGUUAUCAAACAAUCCAUAAUCUUCUUUAGAUAAGUACAAAUCUGGAUCAAAUAUUUGGCAUUCUGCUUUCUCUGUCUCUAUAUAUAUUCCAAGCUUUCUCUGUAAUACAAACUAAUUAGGUGAUAACUCGUGCCCUGUGCGGAGCGAGAAGAUUUUUAAAGUAUUAUAACUUUUAAUAUGUAGACAUAAUAAAAGUUAAAGUCAUAGUAAGAAAAAUAUAUGUAAGAAAAUACGGAUUAUAGCUAAGAAUUUUAGUAUGUUAAUAUAAAUUUAUAUGCGAUAGACUUUGAAAUUAAAUUGUAUAUUUGUUUGCAUGCGGGUAAAUUAUAAAUAUAAUAUUAAAUGAAACAUAAGCAAUAGUCUAAUAAAAUAUAAAAAGAACAAUGUAUCAGAAAACAAAAGAAAAUGAAAAAUAGAAACAAAAUAACUGCUGUCAAUAAUGCUUUCAGAAGUCUUCGUUUGAAAUCCUAUUAUGAGCAAUAGCAAAGAGAUCAUCUUGAGAAAUUAAAAAUAUUAUUUAACAAAAUAUGUGAAUGCAUGUAUUACCUCAGUCGUAAAGCAUCAAUUUUUGGAACACCAGUGGGGUCGAAGACAAUUUUGGAAAACCCAUCAAUGUUAGUAACCUUCUUAAGUCGGCCUUAUUAUGAAAUAUGAAAAAUAUUAGCAAGAUAUACAUAUAAUAUCAGCUCCAAAAGAUUUAUUAUAUACAAUAAAUACAAUAGAUUACCCUGUCCCCAAUUAAUUUGCCAACCCCACCUGCAGGGCGCGGAUUAUCAAGUCGGCAACAGAGUUAGUUUUUUGUGUUUGCUAGAAAUGUAAUGCUAAAGGAGUUCAGAGAAGGAGGCAAUGGUGAGGAGAUGUAAACGAACACCUCUACUAUUUAUAUAUGAACGGAGGCAAGUGGUCUUUCCUCACCACGCCAAAGUCAUUUGUGAAACCGAUAUUAAUGUCUUGAAAUUAAUAUUGUACAUACCAGUUCCCUGUUUUGAAAAUUACGUGAUGCCUGGACGUGAACUAGGUAAGAAAAUUCAGUGAUGGUCACGCAAAAUAUAUUUCAGAAAUAUUCCCCGAUCGAUUAAGGUAAGUAUUUCAAUUCUUUGAAUUUUGUUUCCUUGAAUACGUUAACAAUUCAAUUGUGUUUCCUUUAAAUUUUGAAGCAUUAAGUGUUGGAAAUAAUAAAGGGAUUUUCGAUGAAUUGAAUCGAAAAGAUCAUAAAACGAUUUGAUAUGAAUAUUCGUACAGGUUAUGAUAUGAACAUUAUUAUAAACGAUUUGAUAUGAACAUUAUGAUAAACAUGGUUUACUUGUUGCAAGAUUAGAUAUGACCAUUUGUACAGGUUAUGAUAUGAACAUUCGUACAGGUUAAAAUAACCAAUUCAAACCGUAAAGAACUUAGUUGUACGAAGUUUGAAGAAUCAAAUAUUGUACUCAAGCGUAAAUGACUUACCACAAACGUAUAUUUUGUUGCCUUAUUUAAAUGAACCACUUCCAAAUUUUCGAACAAACCAUAAAGUCUCUCUUUGGAAGGAGUUAAUAUGCUGCCUUAAUUAAAUCCCCGUUUUUUUUUUUGAAAUCCGAAUGUAAUCAAGCGUAAAUGACUUACCACAAACAUAAUCUGAAGGUUUUUUUUGAAAUCCGAAAAUCUUAUAGUAUAAUGUAAUGAUCAGUGGCAUUUGUUUGUAAUUAUUCUAGUUGAUAAAGGGCUUUUUAAAAAAUGAGGUGAGAGUGCAUGUGGUGGUGACACCUAGGAAAUGGCACACAUGUAAUAAACACAUGAGGCCAAAGUUAUUUUUUAUCAUUGCUCCUCAAAUAAUAAAAAAGGUUCAAAUAAUAAAAAAGGGAUACAGAGCCCAAAUAUCUAUCUAUAAUUAUAAACCACACACAUACGUUUCUCUAUUUACUAUACCAUUUUCAAUUUCACUGGAUGAGUAUAAGGAUCAGGCGUGUGUUUGUUGGUAUAUGUUCUCAGAUCAAGAUAACACACAAACCUGUGUUUUAGCUUUUAAUUGAGUCAGAUUAUUUCAGUUAAUUUAAUGUAUGUUCAGUCGUCAAAAAGUCUGUGAGAUCAGAUCACAUUAGAUGUGUUCGAGUGCAAAAUACCAGGUUUGUCUCUGAGGCUUAUAAUUAUUUCUUUUGAGUGAAUUAUAAAUUAUUUUUCUUAAUUACAUUCUUCUUGUGUUUAGCAGUCAUUCUAAUCAAUGGUGGAUUUUCUGCUAUCUUUAAAAAAGAUCUUCCAAGUGCAGCAUUCAACAAAAAGGAUAGAGAAGCUUGAAGAAAUAUAGAAAAUAAGGAAAAGUAUUUUUUCGGUGUAAAAAAUAAUCCCUCAUUUUUUUUGUAUUUUAUAUUUAUUUAGUGUGAAUUUUUUAAGUUAUUAUAAUUUGCUGGGUGGUUUCGUCUUUAAUUCUUUAAAAUAUGGUUAUUUUAGCUGUCACAAAAUCUAUCUAAUAAUCAGUUUAAUAUGAUUUUUAUUCAACUAACCAGCUUAUUAUGAUUUUAAUUAAUCAAGUCAAAAAAUUAAAAACAAAAAAUUAUACCCGUGAAAAAAAAAAUGAACAUUACAAAAUAAACAAUUCAACCAUACAUUGCAUUGGACUAUAAUUUGUGGUAACAAUUAAAUAAGGAAAUGGUUGCAUAUAAUAUUUUUAAUUUUUUUUUGUUUUUAUUAUUGUUACAAAAAAAUCUACAAUAUAUAUUUAUAGUCGAAAGAGGUCUUAAUAAAUAGUUGUUAGAAAUUUUCAAUAGUGCUUGCUAUGUGUUUUGUAGCAAUGAUUUACAACGACGUGGAGUAGCAAACAAACGUUGUAAUAUUGCUUUAAGUUUGCUACAUUUUUUUCAUCACGUUAAUACAACACAUAUAACAAGAACAUAAUUUAUUGCAAAUUUUGCAAUAUUCAUGCAACAAAUAUGAUUUUGCAACACUCAAUCAGCAACAAAAUAAAACAUGUUGAAACUUCGUUACAAUAACUAUGUUUGCAACAAAAUAUCGACUUUUUGCAAUAAUUUGUUAGUGUUGCUAUACUAGUAUUUUCUUGUAGUACAAAUUUAUUAUUUCAGUGGCAUUGAGAUGUAAAUAAAUUAAAAAACUAAGAUUUAAUUUAUAAGUGUACUUCUAUUUUAAUAAGAUAGAUGUGUUUUAUAUUAUGUAUUUUUUAUAACAUUUUCUAUGUUUUUAAACGUAGUUGAUAUACCAAAAUAAAAAAAUAACCAGUCUGUAUAAUGAACAUUUUGUUAUAUUUUGGUAUUGAUUAAGUGUAAUUUAUUAUUUAAUUUGAUUAUAGGAAGUAUUCCUUAAUUAAAUAAGUAGAACAUAAUUUGUUGUAUUUUAUUUUAGGAAAAUGCAUUCAUUAAACUAUAAAAGACAAGAAUACUAAAAAUAGGUAAAUUUAUUACUUCAGUGGCAUUGAGAUGUAAAUAAAUUAAAAAAAACUAAGGUUAAUUUAUAAUUGUAAUUCUAUUUUAAUAAGAUAGAUGUUAUAGAUGUUGCAAACAUUGUGGGUUCUGUUAAUAGUGUCACUGUGACGGGUUUGCUUUUUGUUGGAUUUGCUAUUUUCUUUUGCUUCAAGAAAAGGAAGGCAUACCAUAAGAUGCAUCUUCUACAACAUUAUGGAGACCAAGAUGCACUCAAGAUUACAUUAGAGAAUCUACAUGUUGGUGGAAGUGAAAGUGGACUCAGUGGUAGCCACGCUCAUGUGGUAUUGUGAUCUCAAAAGAUCAAUACAUGUUUUGAGGGACGAGCUGGUAUUUGCAUGAUCCUUGCAAACAAAACCGAUAAUUAAUAUGAUUAUAAAUAGGGAAAUAAUGACCAUGUUAUUGACUUUGUAAUUAUUGACCAGUACUGGGAGAGCAGUACUUCACGCAUGACCUCAAGCUCUUCUCAUCAACAUGCCUCCCACCUCUAUUUUCCCAUUUCCAAAAUACUUUUAUCUAAUAGCCUAUAUCCAUUUUUAAAUUAUGACAAAACAAACACAACUAAGUCCAUUUGUGUAAUUUUUGUCGGAAAGGGAAUCCCAAAAUAGUUAGCGAUCCAGAGAUUCAUCCGCUUCCUUUGGAAUCACAACAAAUACGGAUAUUUCUCUAAACUCCUGAUUCUUUUUUUUCUCACAGAGAUUUGAAACCAUGUCAAACAACAAAAAUCAAUCCAACGGUUCGGCGUCUAGAACCGGAGCAGACUCUCCCUUCCUGCACAAGGCACGCUCAGGUAAAACAGAGAUCAGAGAACUCGAAGCCGUGUUCAAAAAAUUCGACGUGAACGGAGACGGUAAGAUCUCCUCCAAAGAGCUUGGUGCAAUAAUGACAAGUCUAGGCCACGAGGUUCCAGAGGAGGUGUUGCAGAAGGCCAUAACAGAUAUCGACCGUAAAGGAGACGGUUACAUAAACUUCGAGGAGUUCGUUGAGCUCAACACGAAAGGGAUGGAUCAGAACGAGGUGUUGGAGAAUCUGAAGGACGCCUUCUCGGUCUAUGAUAUCGACGGGAACGGGUCUAUAUCGGCGGAGGAGCUGCAUGAGGUUCUGAGGAGUCUUGGAGAUGAGUGUUCGAUCGCGGAGUGUAGGAAGAUGAUUGGUGGCGUGGAUAAGGAUGGAGAUGGGACGAUUGAUUUUGAGGAGUUUAAGAUUAUGAUGACGUUGGGAUCAAGGCGUGAUAAUGUUAUGGGAGGUGGUCAGAGGUAGAGUUUUACGGCUUCAUCUUCCUUGUUGUCUUGUUUCUAUCAUCCAUUGUUUAUUAUUCCACCAUUGUUUCAAUCUUUCUUUUCUCUUUUGUUCUCUCGGAAUUUUCAUUCUAAAGUUAUUUAAGAAAACAUUUAUUAAUGUAACUCUUUUUGUUUUGUCUUCAGUUGUGCUUAGAAUUAACUAUUUUGAUGCAUAUACAGUGAAAGUUAAAUGAGUCGAUUCUAAUCAGAACUGAUGCAUAUAUUUUACCAAAAAAAAGUUAUGUGGAUAUAAAUAAGAACCAUUUUUUAUUUAGCAUCUGGUCUGUUACAUAUGUUUCAGAUGAUAAAUGUGUUUUAAAAAUCGUUUUAGACAGUACUUAAGUAUCAAUUGAUUAAUCAGAAAAUCAUAUAGAUAAAAAUGAUUUUAAAAAUGAGUUAAACAGUAUUUAAACACUAAUUUCUAAUAAAUUGUUUAAUUAUCACCUAAUAAUUUUUGAAUUCGAUGAUAUUUUUGUGUUGUAUGACACACCUGAAAUGAUUAGUUUUGAGCAUAAAAUAUUUGAAAUAUAAAAUCAUUUUCAUCUUCUUCAUUACAAAUAUAACUACUUAAUAGAAUAAUUUUAUAUGAAUUCUAUAAAAUACAAACGCAUAAUAUAGUUUGGGAAAAUUCCUACUCCAGCUAAAUUUUGUUAAGCUUUUUAUACCCAAACUUUUUUGCUAGCCACUUUAAUACUCCAACUAAUUAUUUUGCCCAUUUUAAUACAUAAAAUUUUAAAAUUGUGCCCAUUUAAUAUCCAAACUUUGUUUAUUUAAUCAAAAAAUGUAAAUAAGGUUCAAACGAAAUUUUAAAAAAUAUCCAAAUUUUAAGAAAAAAUCU